UUGACCUAUCUCUCUUGAGCGGGCGAGGAAGAGUGACGAUACUUCACCUUCUUGCCCUUGUUUCGUGUGUAAUUUUCCAUCUUCCUUUUCCGUGGUUCCAAAUACAUCCCUCCCACUAUAAAAAUGGGGUAAAAUCACCACUGAAAGAAUCGAUUUAUCUAUCAUAGACGCAAUUGGGAGUUCAAUUUCAACGAAUUUGGAGGGGAAGAAGUCGAGGGAGUGGUGAUAAUGAUAUCUUUACAAGUUGUCCCUCCAUCUCCCUCCCUCACAAUCACAAACCGUGAUUUCAUCGUCGCCCAACGUUCCGGACCAACUAAAAACCCUACGUUUGCCCUCUUCAAUCUCAAUCUUCCACCAAAAACGCACAUAUUCAGCCGCACCCAUCUCAAACCCACCUCGAGAAAUUCGAAUUUUGCUGGGUUUAGGCUUUUGUUAAACUCCAAAACGCGGUUUAGCAGAGAUGGUUUCAAAGACUCGGCUGAAGAAAGCAAAGCCGUUUUGGACGUAGAAAGUGGCGGAGGCGGCGGCGGCGGCGGCGACGAUGGAGGUGGCGACGACGAGCAGGUAGAGAAGAAAAAUGGGUUGUUGCAAGAAUGGUUCGAUUUUACUUCGGAUGACGCGAAAACUGUUUUUGCGGCGAUUGCUGUAUCGCUGGCGUUUCGGACGUUCGUGGCCGAGCCUAGAUAUAUUCCCUCAUUGUCGAUGUAUCCGACGUUUGACGUAGGGGACCGAGUUGUUGCAGAGAAGGUAACAUACUAUUUUAGACGGCCUUGUCCAAAUGAUAUAGUGAUUUUUAAAAGCCCCCCAGUACUGCAGGAAGUAGGAUAUACAGAUGAGGAUGUCUUCAUCAAAAGAAUUGUUGCAAAGGAAGGUGAUAUUGUGGAGGUCCAUGGAGGUAGGCUAAUAGUGAAUGGGGUCACAAGAAAUGAAGACUACAUCCUUGAAUCGCCCAAUUAUGACAUGAAACCAGUUCGUGUUCCAGAGAACUUCGUCUUUGUGAUGGGUGAUAAUCGUAAUAACAGCUAUGAUUCGCAUGUAUGGGGUCCUCUUCCCGCCAACAACAUAAUAGGAAGAUCUAUAUUUCGAUAUUGGCCCCCAACCAGGAUUGGCGGGACAGUCCUUCCUAAAGGGUGUGCUGUUGACAAGAUGGAUGACGGUUCGCCAUCGCAAUUAAACCAAGCUUCCUGAUUCCAUUGAAGGGUUAGAUUUGUUUUUUUUUUUUUUUUUCAGCCUGUUCAUGCCAUCUCCCUCCUCUUGUUUUCCAUGGCCUGAUCGUUUUUAAUUUUUUUUAUAUCUUUUUUGGGAAAAAAACCCGCGUUAUUCACCUUCUGUUCUCCUGUAAAAUGCAUGAUUCAUCAGUUAGGGACAGAGGACAUGUCAUUAAAGGGCACAAUUUCUUGAGUC